GGUCAAGGUCUGACCCAUGUUUCAACAACUGCCUGGGCCCAUGGCGGCAAUAGCCUAUGAGAGAGACAUGUCUACACUACCGACACGAUAUCACGUCACGAAUUCUGGCCGACUCUUUGGGUAAGCCGAAAACAGUCUCGAGAGACUCACAAGCUCGCAUAUACUACUAUACUACUACUCACUUCGUUUCGGUGGAGUUCUCUACCUCGCCUGAUUCCAUCCAAACGCCAGAAAGAGAGCCAUGGAGACCUCUGAAGAACUUACUGUUUCCCUUAGGCUAAGGCUGCGCAAGUCACGCCAUGGCUGCCAAACAUGCAAGCGGCGAAAGAUCAAGUGUGAUGAAGUUCGCCCUGUGUGCGGUAACUGUGCAAGGAGAUUCUAUGAUGUCAAGAGGUGUGAUUAUCCAUCGCCUUCGACUUGCCAGAGGCCAAGCCGGCAAUUAUCGAAGCAUGACGCCGAAGAGUCUAUCCCUCAGCCCGGCUCGGUGCCCAUGAGCUUAAUGCCAAAGCCGGGGGGAGUGUCUGUUGACCCUACACAGCGGCAGCUGGAAAUGCGGCUAUUCUAUCAUUAUACACAGUUCGCAGCCUUGGAGUUGCCGGCAACGUACGGCUAUACAAGCAAAGAGCUCUGGAUAGACAAAGUCCCACAGAUGGCCUUCCAAUCGGAUUUGUUGCUCGACUCCCUGCUCGCAGUCGCAGCCCUACAUAUGCAAGAUCUUACGCCAGAGGAUCCCAAGCUAGAGAUGUCUGUCAAUCUGUAUCUCGACCGAACAUUAACCAAGCAUCGAUACAACCUUGGCCGCAUAGAAAACAAGCUUGAAGAGCCACUAUUUCUUACUGCCUUCAUGUUAUGUAUCACAACUUGGAAUCUUGCGCAUCGGCGGUCACCCACGUCAGAGUACCGCAUUCCAACCCACGUAUUUGCCUUGGUUCGCGGAUGUUGUGCCCUUCAUCGCCAGUACGAAAAAUGGCUUGCCCAAGCAGGAUACGACCCGGGGGCCAUAUGGUUGCUUGCUCCAAACAGUGCCCUAAUACAGCCUGACCACCCACUCCUACGCGACAUAAACCAAGAUAUAGAAAGGCUACUAGACACCUUUCAAAUCCACAUUAUGCCCACCAACGAAGCUAACCUCUACAAAGACACGGCCAGUUGUGUGGUUAACUUGUAUACAGCAUUAGUCUUGAAGAUGGAUAACACCGUCGUUCAACGACUGGUUUUCACUAUGGCAGACAGAAUGAAGCCAGAAUAUGUGGAACUACUAGAAGCUGGCCAGCCAUUGGCCCUCGCACUCUAUGCUCGCAUAUUGACCGUGCUGGGGUUUAUCGAUCACUUAUGGUGGAGCCGGGGCUCAAAUAAUCGCGACGUCCUACAUUACAGCAUACAUGGCAUCUCUAAUAUGAUGCCUCAACACUUUUUAUGGGCCAUGGAAUGGCCGCUCAAGGCCUUGGCUGGAGAAAUCACGUUGACCGCGUCCAACUAGUUUAGGGGUGUCGUGUCUCGUUAUAAUAACCACUUCACAUGCUUGCUACCUUCACCUUCAGAAUGGUGACAGAUAUCGAAACCGAAAAGGAGCUAGGACCCGGGAGGACACUGACUUACCCUAGAACACUGCGAGCUAGCAGGUGUCGGGUUUUCGCCCUAGUGUUGUGUUCUUUGGAUAUCACAAAAGCCUUAGUCGCUGAGAUCACUAGGCUACAGAAUGUUAUUCCAAGCGUACGCCAAUGUACCAUAUUUAUGGCUCCAGAUAGCCAACAUGAUUCAUUCAGAUAUUCAUCUGGAUCCCGAAUUCCCCCCUAAUAACAUACACUCGUACAUACUCAGUACGACAAAACGCUGGAUGUGGGUGUGAGGACAU